AUGAAAAAAACUGCUACGGAGAAUAACCCCAGCGCAUCUGUCGCAAAUGACAUUUGCGCUUUGUUCACUGCUUUACAAACUGCCAAGAGCAAGAAAAAUAUUUUGACUAACCUGACCAAGUUAUUUCUUCUGCUGUACAAUGAACGGAUGAAGCGGAAAUUGUUGUAUGGGUCAAGGGAGGAAACGCGUUGUAGUGAUGACGAAGAGGACAAUGCGAAUUUGAGAAGGAUCUUCAAGAAUGAUUUUAUUAUAUUGGACACUGGGAAGAAGGAUUACACAAAGUAUGAGGAGUGGCUAAAUGAGUGUUACGAUAAAUUUUUAAAUAUGCUCUUUGAGUUACUAAGCCAUAGUGAUGAAGUUCUUGUAACAAAAAGUUUGUCCCUUCUGUUUGGUAGUCUCCAAUUUGAAGCCAAGAUAUAUAAUAAAAUAACUAGCGAAAUGGGAAAGGGAGCUAGCCAAGUGGGGACCAACCUCCAUAGUGGAACUCCCAACCAUGUAAGUGGCAGUCCUCAAAAUGAAACGAAUAACACUAGUCAUUGGGGAGAUGGCAGACCUAAGUUUAUAAAACAAAACGAGAUGCAAAACAAUUCGAAGAAAGCAUUUCCCAUUAAACUUUUUAGAAAAAUAAUUUUCCAUUUGUUGAAAAUUGACCAAAUUAGUAUCAGCACGAUAAAAUAUAUUUGCAAAAUAUACUUAUGCUUUUAUUACGAUUUAAACUAUUAUUUUUUGUCCAUAUUGAAAGCUUUUUGCAUUUUGAGGAAGGGUCUCCGGGAUGAAAAGUUCUACGGAGACGAUGGUAUGGGCAGCGAGGAUGAUUUAUCAACAGAGAGAGGACGAAACGGAGGAUGCACUCUGAAAAAAGAGCAAGUGGGACGAGGAGACAAAGACAUGCUGAGGGAUAACCCUAAUACAAACCUUUUCAUAUUUAGCAUUUUAAUUAAUUCUAUAAAACCGGAAAAAAAAAUUAAAGAUGCUCAUAUUAGGAGGAAGGAUUACUUGAAGAGAGGCAGAAUUGACGAAUUAUUCUUCGACCUAAAUGAUGAGGAGUUGAGAGGGUUGGUAAAAAGAAAGAAGAGACGUACCUUCCAAAGGAAGGAGGAGAAAAUGCCAUACGACAAGGUCGAAAUGAAGAAAACGUUUUACGACCACGACACGGAUGACAGCAUUGUACACUCUUCUAGCGAAGAAUCCGACGGUGUAUUUUCCCCUGAGGGGGACAGCAGCACGGGUGAAAGUGACAUAGGACAUGGUACCAAUUUUUUACGGAACGCGAAUCUAAUGCACCAUGCAAACUUCAGUGACGAAGAAUUUGACAUAGAUCAAGUUGAAGAUUAUGUCAUUAGUCCAAAGAGGAAGAAAAAAAUCGAUCUGAAAUUAAAAAACAGAAAGAAAAAUUUAUUUAUAAGUGAAAAUGUAGAUAAAAGGAUUUACGCUAGAUUGUAUGCAAGUUGUUGGUUCUACUUUAUAACCUCCUUUAACCACAGACAUUCGAUGGUUCUCCAGUUGUUGCACUCUAUUCCACUGUUUGUAUUUCCAUACACAAAUAAUCCCUUCUACCUUAUCGACUUUUUCAACUAUUCCUUUUACUCGUCCCAGGGAUUAUACACAUCACUCGCUGCGCUUCCAGGAAUGUUUCACAUCCUGACGGAGUUAAACGUUGGGAAUUUGCUGCAAGGGGAGGGAGAAACGGGGAGAUCCGAGGAGGGUAGUGAUCGAAUUAAUGAACAGCUGAACGAGGGACGAAGUGAGGAGGAGGGACGAAGUGAGGCGGAGGGAGAAGGAAAAAAUGAAGAGCCAAGCGAAGACGGAACUUCCCCCGAACAAAACCGCCCAGACGAAGGGGAGAACAAGUUGAACGAUCAUAUGUAUACGGAUUACUACAAGAGGCUAUUCGAGCUGAUAACGCCAGCGAGCUUCUACUACACCGACACGAGCUUCUUAAAGAUAAUUCACGCAUCUAUAAAGAACCAAAUGAUCCCACUGCACUACGUUAUAUCCUUUUUGAAGAAGCUUCUGCGAGUAGCUUGCCUCACCCCUUACAAUGUGUCGAUAAACAUUCUCAGCGUGGUGUACGACUCGAUGAGUUAUUUCCAGAACGAGUUAAAAGACGCGAUGUCCCUUUCCGCUUCUGUUUUUAUGAACCUAGAAAUUAAGAAGGAUUUAUUUUGCUAUGAAGAUUUGGGGAGAAAUUUUGAAAAAAAAAAAUC